AUGCUCCCCUCGGGACAGGAGUGGUGGGUUGUGCAGACUGGCGAGGUGUUGAAGAACACGGAUGCAUGCCUUAUCGGACCGACCGUCGAAACUAGCGCACGCUUGUGCCGAUCUGGAUUAGAGCGUGUGGAGGUGGAAGAGUGGGCUGAGACGGACGCCGACGCACAGCACAGCAUGGUGCUAUGCGAGCGUGCCAUGGUCGGAUUGGGCGUGGUACAGCGUCCUGUCAUGCCUGGCUUCUUUGGAAAGUUGUCGAGGCAUCUCCGCAGGCCCGACAUUGGGCGCUUGCUCGAGCGCUGGUUCGCUGUCGGCAUUUGA